UAGAUGUUAUUUCUGAAAUAUACUCAUUAAUCAAGGGUUUGCUUGAUAUAUAAGUUAUUGAAGCUGCCAAUAUAUAUGAUCAAAAAUGCAAGAAAAUACACAGAUUGUGUUAAUUUCACUGUUUGCCCUUCUUUUGAGAUGGUGUAUUACAUAUCAUGCUUACAGUGGUCAAGGAAAACCUCCAAUGUUUGGAGAUUAUGAAGCACAACGACAUUGGCAAGAAAUAACAUUAAAUAUACCAAUUGAAAAAUGGUACAUAAAUACAACAGAUAAUGAUUUACAAUACUGGGGAUUAGAUUAUCCACCAUUAACAGCUUAUCAUAGUUAUGUAUUGGGUUAUAUUGCCUACAAAAUUAAUCCUUCUUAUGUAAAAUUACAUGAAUCUAGGGGAUACUCAUCUGAAGAUCAUAAAUAUUUCAUGAGACUCAGUGUUCUUUGCAUAGACAUUUUGAUUUAUAUACCAUCAAUAAUUUAUUUUAUAUUAACAAAUGAAAUAGCAGAAAAUUUUGAAAAAGAAAAUGUAUCCAUAUUUAGUAUAAAAAAAAGACAUAUUAAUCUUUUAAUAAUAUUAAUCUAUCCAGGUUUAAUAUUAGUAGACCAUGGACAUUUCCAAUAUAAUUCUUUAUCAUUAGGGCUAUUUGUUAUUGCUGUUACAGCUAUGCUUCAAAAUUCAUUUAUCAUUGGCUCAAUAUUAUUUAUUGCAGCUUUAAAUUAUAAACAAAUGGAACUUUAUCAUGCAUUACCAAUUUUUUGUUAUAUACUUGGAAAAUAUUCACUUUUGAAAAAACAAUGUUGGUCAUUUAAUAUAAUCAUGCUUUUAUGCAUAUCAAUUACAGUAAUUUUUACAUUUUUUAUUAUAUGGUUACCUUUUAUAAAAAAUUGGGAAACAUUUAUAAACGUUAUUUCUCGCUUAUUUCCAAUUUCUAGAGGAGUAUUUGAAGAUAAAGUUGCUAACAUUUGGUGUACAGUCAAUAUAGUUUAUAAAUUACAUAAUUCUAUUACAAACAAAGGAUUAGCCAAAAUUUGUUUAGUAGUAACUACAUUUGCAGUUUUACCAAGUUGUAUAAAUCUUUACCUAAAUCCACAAAAGGAAAGAUUUGUUAUUUCUCUUAUUAAUUGUGCAUUAUCAUUUUUCCUAUUUUCAUUUCAAGUACAUGAAAAAUCAAUUUUACUUGUUGCAAUUCCAGUUUUAUUAUAUUUUCAAAACAAUUCAUUUCCUUGUUUUUGGUUCUUAAUAAUUUCACAUUUUAGCAUGCUACCUUUGUUUAUAAAAGAUGAUUUGUACAUGGUAUACUGUACUACAUUAAUAUUUUACUUCUCCUUUGUUUUGUGGGCAUGUCCUGAUGUGUUUGAUAGUAAUGAAGUAUUGAAUAAUAUAAAUUUAAAGAAGAAUGCACAUGUUACAGUAAAUCAAAAACAAAUUAAGGCAAAGCUAAAAAACAUUAGAAAUAAGUCAGUUUUUAUAAAAUUAAAAAAGGAUAUAUUAUAUUACAAAAAUAAUUUUGUUUCAUUAAAUUAUAAUCUAUCUAUUUGGACAAAAAUUCUAUUUUAUUCCUCAAUGUUAGGAGUAAUAAUACUUUCUCUUAUUAGUGGUUUUCUAGAACCUCCAAGUAGGUAUCCAGAUCUUUUUGCAUUAUUAGUUUCCGUAUAUUCUUGUGGACACUUUCUUGUUUUCUAUUUAUAUUUCAAUUACAAACAAUUUGUACAUGAAAUAAACAUAAAUUUAAAAUAA